GUGCGGCGGAGGCGGGGUUGGAGGUCGUCACAUGACGGGGCCCGGAGCGCGAUGCUGAUAGAGAGUGAGCAGCGGGUGUGAUUGUGAUUACAGGUGAGCCCCGCGAGGUAGAAGGCUCCGGCGGUGACGUCAUCGUCCUCGUUAACCUUUUCACCCCUGGAUGUGUGCAGAGUUUUCCUGAAUGCUGCACAAUGGAAGUGACCCAGGGAAAUCCUCUGAUGCUGCCACAUACUUUACAGGAGCUGUUGGGUCAUGAUACGGUGCAGGUAGAGCUCAUUCCGGAGAAGAAAGGCUUGUUUCUCAAACACGUGGAAUAUGAGGUUUCAAGCCAGUUCUUUAAAUCUUCUGUGUACAGAAGAUACAACGACUUUGUCAUGUUCCAGGAGAUGCUGUUACAGAAGUACCCAUACCGAAUGGUGCCGGCGCUGCCGCCAAAAAGAAUGCUCGGAGCUGACCGUGAAUUUAUAGAAUCUCGGAGACGGGCAUUGAAGAGGUUUGUCAAUUUAGUGGCCAGACACCCCUCUUUCUGGGACGAUGUCCUCGUGAAUAUAUUCCUAUCAUAUAAUGGCCAGGAUGUCCAGAAUAAAAUGCGAGAAUCCAUCCGCGGGGUUGGAGAUGAAUAUAUGACGACUACAUUUGCUACACAAGCCAAGGAUUUCCUCCCGGCUGAUAUCCAGGUCCAGUUUGCUGCCAGCAGAGAGCUGAUCAGGAACAUCUUCAACAGCUUCUACAAGCUGCGGGAUCGAGCAGAGAGGAUGGCCACACGGGCCAUCGAUAAUGCCACUGAUCUGCUGGGCUUUGGAAAAGAACUAAGUGCCUUGGGCUCUGACACUACUCCCCUCCCUUCCUGGGCGGCUCACAGCUCUUGGGGGGCAUUGAAGCAAGCACUUAAGGGGCUGUCUGUGGAGUUUACUAUACUUGCUGACAAGGCGGCACAGCAGGGAAAACUGGAAGAAAUUGAUGUGGUGGAAAAGCUGAAUCUAUUCCUGGAUCUUCUUCAGUCCUACAAGGAUCUGUGUGAGAGGCAUAAGAAGGGGGUGUUGCAUAAGCAUCAGAAAGCCUUACACAAGUACAGUCUUAUGAAGCGGCAGAUGAUGAGCGCCACUGUGCAGAAUAAGGAGGCUGAGUCCGUGGAGCAGCUGGAGUCUCGCAUUGUUGAGCAAGAGAACGCUAUCAUGGUCAUGGAGUUAAGGAAUUACUUUUCCUUAUUUUGUUUGCACCAAGAAACCCAGCUGAUCCACAUCUAUCUGCCCCUCACCUCGCACAUCCUUGGGGCAUUUGUGAAUUCACAGAUUCAGGGACACAAAGAGAUGAACCAGGUCUGGAAUGAACUAAAGCCAAAGUUGAACUGUCUGUUUGUAGGAUCCUCCAACCUGGCGACUCCACCACUGUCCCCAGAGGAGAGACAUUUCUUUUCUCGCUAGCAUAACUUCCUGUGUGAUUUCUAUAAAUAGGACUUAGGGACUAUGCUAUGUUUGUCUUAAGGCAAUACAAUGGAAUAGGUAUUCCAUGCACACAUCUAUAGUAGAGACUUACAUGGUGUAAACGGUUAAAUCCAAGAAGUAUUCAAUAACUACACACCAGACGUAUAGGGGUUGUUCUAGGUUAGAAAAACAUGGCUGCUUUCCUGCAGAACCAGCACCACAUGUUGUUGUGUCUGGUAUUGAAGCUCAGCUAAAUUGAAAUGUAUAAGGCUGAGCUGUAGUACCACACACAACCCCAAAGCAUACCUGUACAAAAAGAAAAACUUUUCAUAUGUCCUAGGGACAAGUUAAAAAUAUAUAUCAGUCAGGGUCGUAGUUUCCAGACCUUGAUGGAGAAAGAGCAGAGCGCGUGCUCCCUGCCCCAUACUGUCUAUAAACCAGUGGUCUUCAACCUGCAGAUCUCAAGA